GUCGCGAACAAUCUUAGAGAAUACAACCACAAGGAGCCAGUCCUCGCGAAAAUAAGUACUAAGUGCAGUGGCACAACUCACAGGAACUGAUAAAGCCGAUUGGAGGCUGCAUGUGAAGCUUGUUGCCACAAACAACUGCACCGCUUCUCCUUUGUGCGAACAGGAUGAAGUUCUUUUCGCUCACCGGACUGCUGCUCCGCUGGGUUGCAGGUCUCGCCGGCCCACACCAGCUGCUCUUCCCCGACGAUCGCACCCAGAUUUUUGCCUCUGCUGCAAAAACCGUUGAUGAGUUUCGUUUCAAAAUGGGGUCACUGCACAUGAUGGGUCCGGACCCGACGAAGCAGCUGGUGGGUGACAUGGCCAAAUCGGUGGUGCUCGUACAGGGACAGCGGUUCUACUCGCGGAGUCACGAAUGUACCGGGGUCAUCGUGGGCCCGUCGCUGCUGCUUACUUCUGCGUACUGUGUCGGGGUAGACACAACUGCACUGGAAUUGAAUAGGGAUGGUCGUGUGCUGGUGUCCGAAUCUGCGUCUGCAAGUGGAAAAAAACUAUCCGACAAUAGUAGGUGCGAGGCGGAGGUACGGCACGGGUCUUCAACCUCUUCUUCCUCGGUCUUUGGUUCUCCGUGGCAGAGCGUUGUUCAGUAUAUCUCGGGAUCUGCUGAUGGUGCGCAGCACCGAAAUAACCAAUCAAAGCACGGUAAAAUAAAUACAGCACGGGGUUGCACCAAUUCCGGCACAAAGCACAAUCCAGCGCACAGCCGGGCUAGCUCUCAUCGAGGGUCCUCGCCGAGAAGAAGAAAUAUCUGCUCCUCGCGCGGGCCCGCGAAGAGCCUGACAAUCGUUGCCGGGUCGAAGCUCCAAGUCGCGUCCAAAGAUGACGUUAGUGCUUUUCUUUGGGACACGAUGCUGCAGCGUGAGGGAGAACUGAUCCAAGAGCCGACCCUGCAGGCACACAGGUUUGAUUUCUCUCGUGGUGCCGUCAGCGACCUUGUCGUCUUUGCGGCUGAGGAUUUGGUCGUUCUGGACCUAGCGAAAUAUAAUCGACGCUCUACUUCUGACGAAACCACAUCUUCUGCAAAGUCGUCGACGGAUAAAAAAGCAGACAUUAACCCAACAACGGUGUUUACAGCCAGUCGGACGACGUCGCCCGACGGCAGUCCGAGCCAACAAGGGUCCUCCAAUCGUAGAGACCACGAUUCUACUCCUCUUGCUGGCCAAUUCGAACGACAGAGCUCCAGCGCCAGCUCAACCAUUUCAGCGGGCCCUUUCGUGUUUGGUGCCGACAGCAGAGUUGCUGUUGUGUCAUCUUCAGGCCGAAGAUCAAGUGCCUCGCAAGAACUGCAUGUUGCGAUCGGGAUGCAUUUUUACUACGCGGCGGGCAGAACAAACAACCACGCGGACUUGUUUUACGCCCAGGAUGACGACGAGUCCUCUUCUUCCGACGAGAUGCUGUCCGACGCGUCGAAGCAAAUUUUGCUCUCACCGCUUGGGCUAUCAAAUGUAAAAAUGUCUGGGUCUGGAAGAAUGCAACUUGUCAUGCUAAGUCUGAAGCAUGCAAAAAUCUGUGUUGCAUGAUUACCAAAAGUCGCCCAGUUUUGACCGAGUCGGGAGGCAGUUUCUCAUGCAGGAUAGGCAUGAGAAAGAUCGCACAGAAUCUGUCAUGCUAGGUCCUGUAUUCCGGACCUCAUGGGUCAUGGAAAAGCUGCAUGAUAAAUCGCGCAUUCUUCCAGACCCAGACAUUUUUACUUUUGAUAUGCGCGGUCGGGGAACAAAUUGUACGGAAGUGGCAAGCAAGGCGGCUCUAUUGAGAGGAAAAAUCCCCCCUCCCCAUAUUGAAAAAGUAUGCUUCCAAAGAUUUGUGUUGCGGAUUUGAGGUCACAAAUCACAUCUGUCUUGCAAGAAGACAAGCGCAGAAGCUUCCGCCCCAUUAUGGAAGCGAUUUGCCAUGCUGGUGGGCCUGAAGGGGAGUCGUUUGCCAUGCUGAACAGCUAGACACAUGCGCCUCUACCUAGCCUGGGGAUCUGGCCGCAAUGCCUCUCUGCAAUACAAAGUUGAUUUGUGGCCCCAAAUCAGCAUCACAAAUUUCCGUUUUGAUAUGGGGUGGGGGGAUUUUCCAUUUUGAUAGGCUCGGCUGGUGGGGGUACUUCUACACCAAACAGCAUGACUAUCCCCGAGAACGCCGGGCUGUUGAAGAUGCAAGAGCUCAGCGUGAUGGUCGACGAAGACGAAGGUGAAGAUCGUUUAGUGCGAGGACCCGGCUUUGGAAUGAGAUUUUCGACGACAGUCGGAGAUGAUCAAACAGCAUCGGCUUCCGCAUUGCAGCGGUUGCGAAGGCGAUGCUGUGCGUGCGGCCGGGGAAGCAGGACGGGAUUCUUGUGGACGACCUCAGACACAUCGUCCAGAGAGAAGCAACUUCCGAGAAUUUGCUCCCAGUUCGCCACGAUGCAUGCAGAAUCGGUGGGUGGCGAAGAGGAAGAUGCCGGAGGCGUUUCGUGGGACGGAACAGCAUCUAAUUGCAAUCCUGAUAGUAACGGGCGGCAACACGCUGAUCAGGAUAAGGAUUGCUGUACCUCCGAUGAGUGGACGUUGAGGACGGAAGAAUCCGAGCAGGCCGCGCGGAAGAAAUCGAUGCACGAGAACCUCGGUUCCGCUGUGUUCGAUUUGUAUUGGGACGAAGCAACGGAACGGUACAAGUUUGCGCUGUCCGGUGUGCGCCUCUUAGUGCCUGUAGAAAAUGUAAACGCCGGGGUGGGGUCAACAUCGUCGUGUGGGUACUAUCGAUCCCAGAUGGGAACCCAGCAGGAGUACGUGGAUCUUCGAACUACGGAGUGGGCAUCAGCCGGGCUUUCCGCAAUCCUCGGAACAAAUCCAAGCCCCGUUGGGACGGACUCGCUAGCGCCGUCGUCUUUGGACGGCACGCCGAGUGGCCGCUGCGCCUUCAUCGGUGAGGGAACGACCUCGCGAACGACCAGGCCAGCGAGUUUGGGGAGCGAUAUUUCUUCUGCCGCGGACCAGACCGAGGGCUGUACGCAAUCUUCUUGCGACCCUGUGAUUGCAAACACGCUAGACAGCCCGGAAAGCCUCUAUGCCGAGGAGGAUAACGAUCAAGAUGAGCAAAACAAAGAGAACACGGACGGCCUCCUGAGUCCGUUGAUGAAGGCACUGCAGGCCCUGCAAGUCACGCCCGCUGGAACGCCAAAAAUUUUCGGGCUUCGCGGAGAAAAGAAAAAAGCCGAGUAAUUGACGCAGUGCAGAUGCCGCGCCAAAGCCAAACAAAGAUUGGAUGCUCCGGCCAUGCUCUGCGCGACCCUGGAUACCAUCGGAAAUUCAAAUUCUCGCCUCUCAACAAAUGUAAAAUUCGAAGUCAAUUUCAAUUUGAGAACAAAGAGCUUGUUCGCAGAAUUCAUUGAGAACUUUAGGAAUCAAUAAGAACGAGGCGAGUAAGAAGUUUUCAGAUAAAAAAGGUAGCAUCGAACACCAUUCACCAGCUCAAAAAAUGCAUACCCAUGUCCAUGUUGAAAUAUGAGGCCUGCAAUCCUUUGGAGGUUCGCGCGUGCUCCAAGACUUUUACAAUAUAACCUCUUUCAUCACUGCAAAACAGCAAACCCAAUUUUUCCUAAAUUGAUAGCAUUACUUUGAGAAUAACGCGACUGCGGCGAAUUUCAGAAAAUGAUUGUACCUUAGUUCUUGGCUCUGCAGACAACUUGCUGGACAUCAAGUGCAAAUCGUAAAACCAUUGCAUGCAUGUUUUUCAGUAUUCCAAAGUUGGUUUUCACAAAAGGAAAAGUUUAAGUUUCCCUUUCAU